GGAUAUUUCCAAUAUCUUCGUUGUUUUCAAGAUGCAUGACGUUUCCUGCGCAAAGUUCGGAUGUCUUGGCUGAAUACAAUCAUUUCCCACAUUUGGUGAUUAACAAGCCACAAGAGAGUUUGAGUGGGGGUUCCCGCAGGAUCUACUUGGAGUUUUCCCUUGGUUCCUUGAAGGAAGUCUGGGUUGCAGUCCUUAAUAUUACUGGUUCAUUAUCCAGCUGGUCAUUUGCAGAUAACAUUCUUCCAGCUCCUGAGAAGACUGGUAAUGGUCCUCCAUCAUAUAUAUGUAGAUUAAGUGGUGCAGGCGAUAAAAACUGGACCUUUUGGUUGGAGGCAAGCAGUUCAGGUGCCAUUAGGGUUGAUGUGGCUGUAGUGGACCAGUAUUUGACAGUGUCUGCUGCUAAAUUGAAAGGUCUUUUUCCAGAUUGGAUGGAUGUGACUGCAUUCUCAAGUUUUAUGUCCACCUAUGUGUUGUAGACUUGUAGUUCGCAUAACAUUUUAUGUUUAGUCCUUUUUUUAUUUCCUUUUUGGGUGUAUCAUAUAGCAUAGCCUUGUUUUUACUUUUCUUAUUACCUCAUUAUUCCUUUGAAAUAAAAGAAGUAAAGUUUGUUUAGAGCUUGUAAACCCCUAGGUUUCUCUUUCAAUAAAAGCUAAUUGCUGGCGAAUGACAAUUUAUUGGAAUUUGUGAAGGGUAAAGUUGUCAAUUUUUGUACC